AUGAGCAGACGCAACAAAAGCAGGCUCAUUGUAGACCUGGAUGACGAGGUUGAGUUUGUGACCAAGGUAGCUAAGCAGACCACUAGGGGAGUACGCUAUGUGGACGUACCUUUGCCCAUGCCCACGGGUUCAAACGUGCCAUCGCCUUCCAAAAGUCCAUCGAAGGCUCCAGCUUCAGGCUCCUUGUUUAACUUGGAUGAUGGCGACGUCCUGGGCAACAUAGGUGUGCCAAUUCAGCUGGAUCCGGCGGCUCGGAAGACAAAGGUGGGCACUCCCGCCAUGAUCAUCUGA